CAACCGGAACCUUGGUGCACGCACACGGAAGUUGUUUUUUUCAGUGGUUGCCACGUCGUUCUUGAUACAUCGUAAAACCGAGAUAUAUUGAUAACAGCGUUACACGUCUGGCAGUGCAAUUUCUCUGUUUAGGUACAAAGGCAUUACGAUAAUCUUCAAUCAUGGUUUCCGUCAUCAACACGGUGGACACCUCCCAUGAGGACAUGAUCCAUGAUGCCCAGAUGGAUUAUUAUGGCACCAGACUGGCCACCUGCUCUUCUGACAGGUCUGUCAAGAUCUUCGAUGUUAAAAACGGAGGACAAAUCCUAGUGGCAGAUCUGAGAGGCCAUGAGGGUCCUGUGUGGCAGGUGGCCUGGGCUCACCCCAUGUACGGCAACAUCCUGGCCUCCUGUUCCUAUGACAGGAAGGUGAUCAUAUGGAAGGAAGAGAACGGAACCUGGGAUAAGAUGUACGAGUACACUGGACACGACUCUUCAGUGAAUUCAGUGUGCUGGGGUCCCUAUGACUUUGGUCUGAUCCUGGCCUGUGGCAGCUCGGAUGGAGCCAUCUCAUUGGUCACCUGCUCUGGGGAUCAACAGUGGGACAUUAAGAAGAUCAGCAAUGCACACACAAUUGGCUGUAACGCAGUGAGCUGGGCUCCAUCUGUGGUGCCAGGUAGUCUGAUAGACCAGCCCUCGGGUCAGAAACCCAACUUCAUCAAGAGGUUUGUCUCAGGAGGCUGCGACAACCUGGUCAAACUCUGGAAAGAGGAGGAUGGCCAAUGGAAGGAGGACCAGAAGCUGGAGGCUCACAGUGAUUGGGUCAGAGAUGUAGGCUGGGCUCCCUCCAUAGGACUACCCACCAGCACCAUCGCCAGCUGCUCUCAGGACGGCAGGGUCUUCAUCUGGACAUGUGACGACCCUUCAGGCAACACGUGGACAGCUAAACUCCUCCACAAGUUCAACGACGUGGUGUGGCAUGUCAGCUGGUCCGUCACUGGAAACAUCCUGGCCGUGUCCGGGGGGGAUAACAAGGUGACGUUGUGGAAGGAGUCUGCAGACGGCCAGUGUUGUUUUCUGAUGUAUAUUGUUGUUGGCUGUCUCCAGGUGACGUUGUGGAAGGAGUCGGCAGACGGCCAGUGGGCCUGUAUCAGCGACGUCAACAAAGGCCAGGGAGCCGUAUCGUCCAUCGCAGACGGAGCGACGAACGAGCAGUGAUCCAGGCACAGAAGGACAUUCCACUCCUCCUCCUACCCCCACAGAGAAUGAAUGGGCUACUACUCCAGAGACACUUCUACCAUCUAUCCUAGUCCCAGAUCUGGGCUAACUACCACCUGUUAAACUCCAUAGUGGCCCCUCUCUCUCUUUCUCUAACAGACUUUAAGACCAUAUUUCAUGAUGAAAUUUCUCUAAAGACCGAUUGAGGUUUCAUCGUUCAGUUUACGAUGAUCCAGGUUUAAAUGGUUACCAUUGAGGGGAAACUACCUUUAAUUAAAACCUUCAUUAAAACCUGCUCAAAACAUCCAUAGAUUACAUACUUGCUUGUAAAACAAUGUUCUGUCAAAUUUGAAACUGUUUUUGUGAAAGCUUUUCUUCCAAUUGAUUGUUAGAAACAAGAAUGUUAUGUUUUCAUAUUUCAAAGAAUUAAAAAGAACUUCAAGGAAAA